AUGUCUCGAUAUCCCAGCAGUGUUGCCGUCACUUACACCGAACCCUCGAUCACCCACGCGCCCCCCUCACCACUACCACCACCAUCAUCAUCGCCACUACGCACCAUAUGCCUCAGAAUUGUCACCUUCUCCGGAAGUGUAGCGGCUCUCGCCCUAGCAAACAUGAUUGAAAUGUUGAACAACAUGGACUACACCCUUCUCGAAGCCUACCCCUCCACCGCACCUCAAAUGGAGAAGUCGGCGGCCGGCGCCUACGUUCCUCAGGGCAUGUCGCAAUCUCCGAGCAUAUGCAAGAAGAGAGAUGUUACCUCUUCCCGUAUAGUUGCUGUCGUAUCCACGCAGCGCAUGUAG